UGUCUGUCUGUCUGUUUCGUACCUGACUCCCCUCCCCUCCCCAGCUGUCUGUCUGUCUGUCUGUUUCCUACCUGACUCCCCUCCCCAGCCCGCCGGUGACUCAGUAGCUCACCGCUCCCUGUGUGUUCACUUCCAGUCUGAGUCCUGACGCUGCUUUUCCCUUCAUUCGGGUCCUGGACAAAGCAUUGUAACGACGAGACUAGUCUACAUUAGGGGACACAUUUAUAGAGACAGAAGACCACAGAUAAUGUGAAUGUCAACGGUUUUGCAGUUCGCCACGUGCUUGAGCGACAGAAGGCAUGCGGGGAGACUAUCCUGCUGUGAUCUGAUGGACUGUAGCGAGAGGGAAUCAACCCGACUGCCACAAUGUUCAUUUGUAAUGUUAAAAAGUCCUGGCCUGUAUGGGGAAUGGACGGCAUCUCGGUAUGUAUUUAUUUAGAGCAUGUAGUGCCUCUAUUGGGGGUUUCCUGCUUGUAGGCACUGUUAUAUGACACUUUUAAUCAUACAACGAUAUUCAUAAAACUGUUAAACUGGUUACACGUGUAGGCUAUAAUAUGUAUUUAAUAUUAAACCCGUCAUCAGAGCGGCAUGUCCUCUGUAGCAUCAGUAACCUAACCGGUAACAUAUUGGUCAUUGGUAGAUGGGGAAGGGCACCAAUAGGUCCCGGAGACACCACGUGGUGUGUCAUCAGCACGUUAAGCGCCGGGCACCGGAUAGAUACCCUAUAUAAACCACAAACCGUCAGCAAGAGGCACCGGGAAGCCCGGCCUCCUUUCCGCAGCACGGUAUCAUGGCUACUAAACCUAAACAUGGAGACGACUUUCCCCUUUAUCUCACCGACUCACAGCUUGUAUCUAAUCCAACCACAGUUUAACCCUGUCAUAUAGGCUACAUUAAUGCAUUAACGAUUGUGUUACAUGGGCUAGGUUGGGAAUACAUUUGGCUGAUGUACAUUUUGUUGAAAUAUAUAUACUACUGGCAAUAAACAACAUUGUAGAAGAUUGUUCAAAUCCGUUUUCGCACGUUUAUUCUCGUGCCUUUGAACGUGUUCUGUACAUGUAAUCGCCCGCAGGCUCGAGGGCUUUUUCAAUUUGGCACAAAGACCCGCAGACGCACCUGGAGCCGCUGACUACUGAAGGGAGAGUUUUGUGUUUUGUUUCUUUUAGUAGGUUAAUUAUAGAUUAUUUUGGAUUUUUUUUAUUUUAUAUCAGACUUAAUUAAAUUCACACAUGAUGAAAUCGGUCUGGUGUUUUGACGCGGACUUAACAAUGAAUAUGUCCUAAAAAAAAUCCAACUCGCCCGUUCAGAUGUGGUUUUGUAGCUGGAGACGGUUUUAUUUUGAGGCACCGAGGCGCCCAGGGAACUCUGCAGUGGAGAGACAUUUAGCGAGUCCCAUUUUCCGUUGUCCCGAGAGCUGAAGUUUCUCAACUGCGUCGAGCAGACAGACAGACUGGCUGAGUCGCUAAGGAGGAGAGGAGAGGAGAACUGGCGUGUGGUCUUGACUCUUUCCAGUAUCUAGAGGCUGUGCUGUAACCUAGUCUGUUGUAAUGCGCAUUCCCGUAGAUCCCAGCGCCACGCGGAGGUUUAGCCCGCCGUCCGGUAGCCUCCAGCCGGUCCCGGCCAAGAUGAACGAGCUCAACACGCCGACCGGGACCGGGCAGCAAGACAGCACGGUGCCAAGGCUGCGCCUGCAGGAGAACCGGAGCAUGGCGGAGAUCAUAGCGGACCACCCGGCGGAACUGGUCCGGACUGACAGCCCAAACUUCCUCUGCUCGGUUUUACCGUCUCACUGGCGCUGCAACAAGACGCUGCCUGUCGCCUUCAAGGUUGUGGGGUUGGGAGAGGUGACUGAUGGGACGGUCGUAACAGUGAUGGCGGGGAACGAUGAGAACUACUCGGCCGAGCUGCGGAACGCAUCGGGAGUGAUGAAGAACCAGGUGGCUCGCUUUAACGACCUGCGCUUCGUGGGCCGCAGUGGACGGGGAAAGAGCUUCACGCUGACCAUCACAGUGUUCACCAACCCUCCUCAAGUAGCAACGUACCACCGAGCCAUUAAAGUCACCGUGGACGGACCCCGCGAGCCUCGGAGACAUCGUCAGAAGCUGGAGGAGUCUCCUAAAACAGGGCUGUUCUCAGACCGUCUCAGUGAGCUGGAGGAGUCUCCUAAAACAGGGCUGUUCUCAGACCCUCUCAGUGAGAUGGAGGAGUCUCCUAAAACAGGGCUGUUCUCAGACCCUCUCAGUGAGCUGGAGGAGUCUCCUAAAACAGGGCUGUUCUCAGACCCUCUCAUUGAGCUGGAGGAGUCUCCUAAAACAGGGCUGUUCUCAGACCCUCUCAUUGAGCUGGAGGAGUCUCCUAAAACAGGGCUGUUCUCAGACCAUCUCGUUGUUGUUGUUGUUGUUGUUGUUGUACAGGACAUCGUCAGAAGCUGGAGGAGUCUCCUAAAGCAGGGCUGUUCUCAGACCGUCUCAGUGAGCUGGAGAGGAUCAGACAGACAACCAUGAGGGUUGCCGUGCCGACACAGUCCCAACAACAGCCGCUCAACGCUGGACACAACCCCUUCAACCCCCAAGGGCAGACACAGA